AUGGCGCCCGUUAUCUCAAAGAAAUCAGGGAAAAAGCAUUCGCUGAAUGCAAAGGACCAGAAAACAGCCAAGAAGGCCAAGUUGUCUUCGAAGGUCCCCGAAGACGAGGGUGUUAGCGGGUCCUCAUCUGAAGAGGAGGACGACCUUGACGAAGUGCUUUCGAGCGGCGAAUCCGACAAAGAUGAACUAGACGAGUCUUCAAGCGAAGGGGAGCAAGAAGAUGGCUCAGAAGGCUCAGAGGAUGAGUCGGAGGGCUCUUCAGAAGCUAAAGGCGAAGAUGAUUCUAAGGGCGGUGUUAGCCAGCACGCAGAACAAAGAAAACUGCUCAAAGAGCGUAAGCUGCAGAGGAAGUCAGGAACUCAGGUCCAGCAAAUAAAGUCACUCUGGGAAAGGUUGCGUGUAAAGAAUCCUCCAAUGCCCAAGGAAGUUCGCGAAAAGUUGUCGAAUGAAAUAUGGGAGCUCUCUAAGGAUUGUAUCAGCGACCUUGUGAUGAAGCAUGAUGCCUCGCGUGUAGUGCAGACUCUCGUCAAGUAUUCUUCUAAAGCGCGCCGUGACCAGAUUGUUGCUGCGCUAAAGGGCCAAUACUACGUCCUUGCCACCUCGUCUUAUGGUAAGUACUUGUUGGUUAAGCUACUGCACUACGGCUCUAAGCAGUCCAGACAGCUAAUCAUUGAUGAGCUGCACGGCUCCUUAAGAAAGCUUAUGAGACAUCGUGAAGGUGCUUACGUGGUGGAAGACCUUUACGUGUUAUACGCCUCGCACGAACAAAAGCAGCAGAUGCUAAGAGAGUUCUGGGGGUCCGAGUAUGCAGUUUUCAGGGACGCUCACAAGAACCAAACUCUAGAACAAGUCUGCGAAAGCAGCGCCGAAAAAAAGACUAUCAUAGCGAGAAACUUAAUUGGUACUAUCUCCGCGUCUGUCGAGAAGGGCUCCACUGGGUUCCAGAUUUUGCAUGCCGCCAUGAGAGACUAUGUCAAGAUUGCAGGGGAAAAAGAGACCUCUGAGUUCAUCGAGCUCCUGGACGAAAAGUACGCUGAGUUGGUCCAUACUCCCGAAGGUGCCGAUGUCGCUUGUACGCUAUUAGCUAAAGCCACCGCGAAGGAGAGAAAGAUGAUCAUCAAGAAUUUGAAGGACCACGCCGACAAAUUGAUCAGAAAUGAGCACGGCAACUUGGUGUUCAUCACCGCUCUCAUGUGUGUUGAUGACACAGUUUUGAUGUUUAAGUCCUUUGGCCCAAGUGUAAAGGAGAUGCUCCAAAGCUUCGUCGUGGACAAAUAUGGAAGAAGACCAUUCCUUUACAUUUUGUUGGGUCUAGAUGGCAAGUACUUCUCUCCUAUUGUUAAAAAAGAUUUGAACCGGUACAUCGAAUACUCUAAAGCGACUUCUAAGAAGCCUUUCGAGCAAAGAAGGAAAGAACUCUUGAACAAGUUUGCUCCAAUGUACUUGAGCACGAUUUCUAAAUACUACGACAUGAUCCUCUCUGACAACUUAGGAUCUCAGUUUGUCAGUGAAGUUCUAGUCAACGAUGAGUUCUACGACCAGCUGAGUGACAAGGAAAAGGAAAAGCACCGCGAAAUUGUUAACACUGUUUCUACUUACUUCAAAGGCGAUGUUUCUGAAGAGUCCCAUCCAAUUCAUAAGCCGUUUUCUGUAAGGCUGCUGAAGUCGUUAAUCCAAGGUGGUAAAUGGAACGCAAAGGAGAAGAAAGUUGAGCCAUUGCACAGUGUCCUAGGCUUAGGAACUGAGUUUGCUCAGCAAUUCUACGAGGACAUAAUUGAUGAAACCAACCUGCUGGACUGGAUCAAUAAUGCGGACAGUUCUUUCACCAUUGUGGCAAUCUACGAAUCAUUAUCAAAAACUGAAAACAAAAAGUUCUUCAAAGACCUGAAGAAGGUUUCUAAGAAGAUUAACAAGGAUGACGAGUCUAACAAGGGCGCUCGGCUGCUUUUGAAACUCAUGAACAACAAAGCCUAA